GUUUCCGUCUCUCCCGCCAAAAAAAACAUUCGCUUAAAACCAUGCCGACUGCUCGGUUUUUUCGAGUUCAUUCAUUUCUUCAUUCAUCCCCUCAUUCCUUCAUUCCUUCAUUCCUUCAUUCCUUCAUUCCUUCAUUCCUUCAUUCCUUUUACUCUUCAUUGCUUUUUCACUUCCGUUUUGUCCAUUCUGUAUUUCUCUACACAUCUCUGUACUGCAUUCUCACGCCUAAUAUCUUUCUUACGACCUCACACCUGCAAAGAAUCUGUUUCAAUACGACUACAUCUCUUAUAUCACACGUUACUCUAAUUUCGCUUGUGCCUGAAUUCUACCAAUAUACCCCCUAUCAGUAUCAUUGGCACUCCAUCUUCAAAGCAUUGCCUUUCCUUUCACGUCCCCUUUUAUUAGCACCAGUUUCAUCCUUGCACACAACUCUUCUUUGUCGCCUAAUUCUCAAUUACUUCACCUUUCAUCCGCCCUUUCCUGCUCACACAGCAUCCAGCAUACAGCAUCCAGCACCGAACACUACAAAAAACUGAAACAAGCAUCAUGAUUGAGCAAAAAUCCCAACGUCUGAUGUCCGCAUGCGCUGAAGGCAAUGUCGAGCUGGUCAGCAGGAUCGCAUCUAAAUUCGAAAGCACUGAGGAGCUGUGCGAGGCCGAGCCCUCGUCCGGAUACACACCUUUAAUGAUGGCCACCCGACAUGGCCAUCUCGAGGUAGUUGAGGCGCUAAUUCGACUGGGGCAUGACCGCGAUGAGAUUUCUAGGGUAAAUUAUGAUCCCUAGCGUGUUUUCUUUGCUGUGUUGCUGUCAUGGUCUGUACUUUUACGCAAUUGCUA